AUGGAUUAUUUGGACGUGAUAAUUGGGGCGGCGGAAACUGGAUCAGGGAAAAUACUUGCAUUUGGACUUCCUAUUCUACAGUAUUUAAUGAAUGAGGAAAUAAACCUAUCGAUCAUAACACUUGUCAGCAAUAUGGCAGUUCAGCGACGACUAAUGGAUAGACAUUCGAAUAUAAUUGCUGCUACUCCUGGUCGAUUAUGGGAGUGGUCUCAGAGGUAA